AUGGGUCACUCUAACGUCUGGAACGCUCACCGAAGGAACUAUAGUCCUGGUUCUCGCACAUGUGUGUGGAAUUCUCAUGCUAUUAUUAGAAAGUAUGGACUCACGUGCUGCGGACAGCUCUUCCGCAACAAUGCCAAGGAAAUUCGUUUCAUUAAGUGCCGUUAA